CACCGCUGGCCUCUUAUCAAACGAGCAUGUCCAUGCAUGCGAAUUUCUCGAAAUGCAUGUUGACGUUGUGCCUGGGACUCUCACCUCAUACAACAACCCAAACCUCAUGCUCUGUCACUCACAAUGGCCGGCGGUAACAAGCAAAAGGAGCCCUUCUGGCUCGGCGGUGCUGCGGCCUCGAUGGCCGUCUGCUUCACGCAUCCACUCGACCAGACAAAAUAUCGAAUGCAGGUCAUAAGAUCACGAGAGUCCAUGUUUCGAGCAAUGUACCGGUUCGCAGCGCGAGACGGCGUCUUCUCCCUUUGGUCGGGACUCUCGGCAUCCAUAUUUCGACAGACGACCUACUCGACCGCGAGAUUCGGCCUCUACAACUACUUUGCGCAACGGGCGAAACAGUGGACCGGAAAAGAAAAGCUGACGACGGCCAUGACGAUAUCCUGUGCCGGAUUGGCAGGAGGCAUGGCCGGGCUGGUAGGCAAUCCUGCUGAGGUCGUCCUCGUCCGCAUGUGCGCCGACGGAGCGAAAAACAUCAGCGAACGGUUCGCGUACUCCAACGCCAUCGAGGGGCUUUACAGGAUAGGCAGAGAGGAAGGCCUGGGCGCAUUCACACGAGGCAUCUCGGCCAAUGUUGUCCGCAGCGUACUCAUGAACGUGGGACAGAUCGCCACAUACUCGACGGCGAAACGGAUCCUCCUGCAAAAGACUGGAAUGAAAGACGAUAUCAAAACGCACGCCGUGGCCUCCCUCUUCGCGGGGACGGCAGCGACGACCAUUUGCGCGCCCGCCGAUGUCCUCAAGAGCAGGAUCCAGAGCGCUGCCGCGAGCGGGCCGGGGGCAAACUCUUUGCUUCGUAUCGUGCAAACCGGCCUCCGCGAAGAAGGGGCGAUAUUUCUCAUGAAGGGCUGGACGCCGGCGUGGUUGAGACUGACGCCAAACACGGUCCUGACUUUUGUCUUCAUGGAGCAGCUGCGGCAACUGACCCAGUGGCAGUUCGCUGCUCCGGUCGAGACGAUGAAGGCUUGAUGUGCCCAGUCCUCGGGAGUAGUAGUAGUAGGGGGAGGAGGAGGAGGAGGACGAGGAGUAGUAGUAAUAGUACUGGGCACAUCUUAACCUUCAAACCCCAAACUCUGUCAGGUUGGGCCAGCUCAACCAGUCAAAGUUGUUCAUGUCUUCCCAGGACAGCCCCGCGAAAGAGGGGUCGAACUCGUUGCCGGGCUGGUUGAGGACCUCGGCAAUCUGGUCGUCCGACAUGCUGGAGAAGUGAAGAGUGCCCGGCCACAGCUGGGACUCGACGUAGGGAGGUUGCGAGACGGGCGGCGCUAUCGGGUUGAUGGAAGGCGAAGCCGACGAAACGGCCGAAGAGGGCGUCCCGAGCUGGCCGCUCCGGGGGAUGGUCGGGUCGGGCUGAUGAAU